CUCUGUGUCUCUGUCUCUGUUUCUUUCUCUGUCUUUCUGUCUCUCUGUUUGUACACACAUGUGCGUGCAGGUCCACGUGGCAUGUGUGUGCACAUUUCAUCAGAUCAUCUGGAUCCCAGGCUCCAUGGCCCUCAGGUGCUCCGAUGUGUGUCCCCUAAGACAGGGACAGUCUCCUAACCAGCGUGAGUCUCAGGCUGGGUGCCUUUGACUAGAUACAGUUUGGUGACAUCAGAUGGUCCCUGUUCAUUCCCCAUUGUCCCUGGAAUGUCUUUAUGCUCAUUUUCUUCCUUCGCCUCUAAUUCAGACCCAGGGUCCAACCUACCUCGGGCAUCACGUGUACCGACCUGGUCUCAUUUUCCUUUUCACUCAGACCCACUCGCCACAUCAGCCCCACCUGCCUUCUUUCUCUUUCCCAUAAUAAUGUGUUUGCAGAAUCCAGGGCAGCUGCUUUGCAGAAAGUUCUCUCUGCAGCUCUGCCUUGUUUCCUUGUGAGAGAUUCAACAUCGUGGUCCCUGGUUUCUACUAACUUAGGAAACGAAAGACCUAUUCCUGCUUCAACUUCUCCUUCCUUAAAAAUGGGUGAGAGAUUCUCUGUCCUUGAGCAGUAUUUUUUACUGAAUGUGAAUAUUUUUAACACAUAUCUUAGCAUCAAAUAGUUGCAAUAUUAAAACCACAGCUCAGCUCCCCUUUCAUGUGCACCGCCACGUUCAGGAUCCAUGGGAGGAGUAAGAAACAACUCAGCUAAAGUUAAGCAACUCCUUAAGGCUUUUCUCACAUAAGCCCAAGCCCAAUUUGUGUGUAUCUUUAAUGUUUUCCACUAAGGAAAUAGACUAAAUCUGAGGCAUCCGGGUUUCUGUUUGCCUUUACAUGAGGACUUUCCUUAGCUGCUGCCAGCCCUCUGGAGCCCGUAACCCCACCAGGACCCGAGGCUCUGCAAAGGAGCACAGUGUCAGGCACAGCCGCCCCUCACGGCAGACGCAGCCUGACCCCCCGCCCGGCCCCUCCCUGGGAGCCCCUGCCAGCUCCGGCUUUCCUGCUCCGGUCUGCGUCCCUGCCGCUUGCUGCUGCUGUGGGCCUUGGGAGGUGGACACAGACUCCUGGUGACUGUGCCCCUUCCCAGGUGUGAAGGCUGGGCUUUGAGCUGUUCGUUAAAAGGCUUGGUAAGGUAGUGAAAUGGAAACGCGUCAGCAUACGGCAUAAAGUGGCAGAAAUGCAUGGAGGUGUAUCUUGGCGGAGCCGGGAGAGCUACCAGCCAGUGCUUCCUGCCCGGCAGGGCCUCCGACUCCAGGGAUCCCGUCUGUCUGCCCCCAGGAGCCUCCUGGUUCAUGCCCUCCCCGGGCUGUCCACACUCAGUGGACACCGGGCGCACCACCCGGGGCACCAGGCACACGCUGCCCCUGGCUAACAAGGCCGAGAUGACGAGAGUGUGGGCUCGGAGCUGUGCAGUUGGAACGGGGCUGGUUGCUGGACAUCUGGGCAGCAGGGCCGUCAGCCUCUGAGCCGGGGAACUGUGUCCCGCGGUGCGGCUGUGGCUGAGGGCCCUGGGGUCACGUUGUACACGGUGUGGAAUGCAUGCAUGUUCAAAAGGUUCCUUAUGCUGACUACCUAAAUAUUUGAUUAGUGUAAACACAAUACUAUCUACUCUUAAUUUUCUCCAUUAUCACAGAAAUCGUACGGACAAUUUAGAUGGAGAGGCAUUUUGAGAAAUGGUGAAAUUUUGAAUCAUUUCUUGAUUUAAACUUGCAUAUCUUAUGUUUUCCUCAUGAAAAACAUCUCUUCUGGCAAAUAUUUUGUUCUAACAUCAAAAGACAGUUUCUAUUUCUUCAAGAAUAUGUGCUAAAUGAGUUCCUCCUGUACCUUGCAUAUGGAACACUUGAUGUAAACACAAAGCAAAGUAUUUUGGUUAGUUGUUGGGUGGGGGGAUUUUCAUCUCCCAAUUCCCUAUGUGGGUAGAUAUAGUCCACUGACUGUGAGCUUACUGUACUCAAAUCACAUAUUCAUAAACAUGUCACUCUAAUUUAAGCUUAUGAAAUGGUGCCCCUGGAUAGGGUGCUGGGGAGUGUGGAGAGGGUAUGCCCCUUUAAGAAAGGGAGUCAGUUUAGAAUCGAUCCAUUGUCCCUGGUUUUUCAGAUGGGGUGCAAGGGGUCAGGAGCAAUGGCAGGGGGACACGGCUGGAGGCCCAGGAUCUGGGCCCAGGCGACCACUGUGGACAAGGAGAGGUGCCAAGUCUGGCUGGUGGGCUGAGAGAUGAGGUCCUCCCCGGACUGAGGGAUGUGAGACUUGGUGAUCAAGGACUCUGCGAUAGUUACUAUUUCAGAGAAAUGGGAACCAUGUGCCUCUUUCAGGGUUCCUGGAUCAUAAGCUCAAGCCAACUUCCAAAUGAAGCUUCUGGAAAACCCACGAGAAUGAUGCCGACUGACCUCGUGGCCCAGCAGCCCACAGAGUCGGGCUGCCCAGAGGACGGCGGGACCGAGGCAGACCCUGAGGAGCUGGCCAGGCUCUCCGGGGGACACUGCAGGGCCGACGAGAUGCUGGUUUCAGAUCCUGCUCUUGGAAACGUUUCACCGCUGUCAGCAGGCGAAGAAGUAAAGCCCAGGAAUGCGGGCCACAGACGGCAGAGCGUGACUGUCACAGGACGAAGGCUGCUGCCCAAAAGCGUAACUUGUUUGCAGCCAGGAAGUGUAAAGAUAGAAGGAGUCAGCUCAGGGAAAACAGAAUCACAUGCGCAUAAAGCUGAAGCUCUGUCGGGAAGCCUUCAGGAUGGGAGGACACCAACGGACAGGGGGUCUCCCCCUGAAGAAAAGCCCCCUGCAUUUGGGGAUGAAAAGGGGACAGUCAGCAGAAACAGGGGACAAUACGAAGAAACACCAGACAGAGGCCUCUCUACGAACCUGAAAGGAGCCCCUAACAGCCUCGAGGAAGGUGUUUUCGCCAAAAACAAAACGAGAUCAAUUUUUCAAUGAAAAUAAUACUUGAGUUAUUUUAGGACUUAAAUUUCUUUUAAAUGAAUUAGAUUGUCUAUUUCCGGAAGCUCCUGGGAGAGUGGGGUGCUGAGCCCUGUGACAUCUGUGUUCUGCCCCGGUAUGGCUGAUGCUGCUCUGAGCUCCCCACCUGCCCCCUAAGAGCGUCUGGUCACUUGCUUGCCCGCUGCUGGUGCGGUCUGGAGGUCUAGGUUGUGGGAAUGUCCAUGUGUCCCUGAGGAAAAAGCACAGCAGAGCCAGUUCUACAGUGACUGGCCUGGCCAGGCGAGUCCACAUGUCAGUGCACAUGGCAGGGGACCCCACGGCCAGCAUCACUGCCCAGCACCCAACCCCUUAUGCUUCCUUUCUCCCAGGUCUCCAGAUACAACUUGGGAAAUAAGGGCGAGCCGCGAGGGGGUCAAGAAUGCUUAUUUGCCCAGUUUAUGGAAUUGGCCUGCUCUGCAUUGCCCCUCGGUCCAGCAGGCAUCCUGUCCUGUGGGCCGAUGGCCGGGAUGGCCACAGCUCGGAGCUCCCCUCACUCCUGGAGCUUCCCCCUCCCAGGUGGGAGGCAGGGGCACAGAGGGUCAGAAGCCCAAGUCUCAAAGGGACUGGCCGACAGGCCUGUGCACAGCGCUGGCCUCCUGCCAGUGUCUGCAGACCUCCCUGCACAGUCACGAGGGCAGCAUGUGGCAGCAUGUUGACAUCCAAUGCCUGGAAUUUGUGGCACCUCUGACCUCCUCACCUGGUGUCCAGAGCUGGCUGGAGCAACUGUUUAGGGGGAUUUCCCACCCAGUGUCCUUUCCAUCCCAGGAGGUUUUGGCAAGUGGGCACCACAUCCCCCUGUUGCCUUCCACCCUGCAGUGACCCACAUGUCACAGGAGCACACUUCUCCACUACUUCCCAUUCCGUCUAAAAGGUUCUGAUCAUGAUUUUCUGCUUCCUCUUUUGUUGGUUUCCCCCAACCCUGAGUCAAAGGGAAAUGGAAUCCAGUUUUGAAAUGAAAUAAGAACUUUCAUUUUCAACUGCAAAACCGUCGAGGCCCGCUGACUGCUGGGCUGGAGGACCAGACACAGUUCCCAGGCUCCACCAGCUCCGUCGGCCUGGAGCUGUCCCCCUGCCCUCUGGUUGGGGAGCAGGCUCGGGCGUCCUUUGAGUCCACUUGUGUUGCCAGGCUGUUGGCUCCUACAGCGCCCACUUUCGGACAUGAGACCAACCCCCCAAAACCCAGGGAACUCAGCACCCUGUUUUCUUGGGGCCUCUAGGGUGGCAGCCUCCUUUCCCCUUUCCAGUGACUCUGCUGUUAUUUUGCCCACUCUUCCCAAGGUUUUUAGGUGUUCAUAGCAGAGAAUAGGGAAAUGUAAGCCUAUACCAUCUUCCUGGAAGCAGAAGUUCACGGAUUUUUAAAGAACUACCCUCCAUCUCCUUAGCAAGUGUCUGGACUUUGUAGUUUUGUCUAUGAUUUUUCCUCCAUCUCUCUUAAGCAUCUUGCACCUGGAUGCAAAUUCUAUGCAUAUAAAUUUCCUGUUCCCUUUGAAAUUUGUGAGUUUCUUAUUAUUUCAGUUUAAGUGGCCUACAUUUACCAUAAGAGAUAUACUGCCUAGAUUUUGUGUGUUUCUCCUGACAGAUGACCCAAA